CAGUUGAGUUCCGUCCCGGACGUCGGCGAAUAAAGAUCGAGACGAGCGGUGUUCUCUGAUUUUUAUAUGAGUUUUAUUAUUUAAUAAUAGUUUGUUUUUAUAUACACCCAACUUUUUUUCUUGACGGUGAAUCGACUUAUGUCAGACUCUAUCGGGUUAAUGUCAGUGAACUCCAGUCGAUUCUAAUUGUGGUCGUUCCAGUUGUCAUUCCGGUGAAUACGGGCAGAAAGUGGAAAAUAUUUUAGGCCAAAAAUAGCGAAAAUCAACGCACAAAGAUACAAGAUACGACACACACGAGUAUAUAGUAAUGUAAACAUGGCUAAUUAGCUGGAUACCUAGCGUGUAGAAAUUAAAGAAUGAAUGUAAAAAUAUCUAGGCAUGUGUGUUAAUAGUUUAAAUUGAACGUGUAAUCAAAGCGAUCGCUAACGGUCGCAGCGCGUUUGAACUGCAAUUCAUAUAAAGUAAUUUGAAAUACGUAUUGAAAUACGUACUUUCGCUGGCUCUACAGAGUACAAGAACAAGCUUCCAAAAUAGGCCAGAUACUGUCGACAUUCUCUUUGCUUGCUAUGGGCGCCAUAGCUUAUGUAGUAAAUUUUGCAUUUGGACUUGUGCUAAUGAAUUCACAAAUACCACAAACAAAAGGACUCCUUUAUCCCCGAGAAUCCGAAACUCGAGAAGUUCGGAGUCUCGAUGGGAUAUGGAACUUUGUGAAAUCAGAAAAAUACAGUGUGACGCAAGGAAUUCGGGAACAUUGGUACAAGAAUGAUCUUAGUAGAGUAAGAAAGACAAUUCCAAUGCCUGUUCCAGCAAGUUAUAAUGACAUAGGAGAGGAUGCAGACUUACGUGAUCACGUGGGGACAGUAUGGUAUGACCGAAGAUUCUUUAUUCCAAAACAUUGGCAGAAGGAACAGCGGGUUUGGAUUCGAUUCGGCAGCGUUCAUUACGAUGCCCAUGUGUGGGUGAAUGGAGUUCAAGUUUUGCAACACGAAAUCGGUCAUCUACCUUUUGAAGCGGAAAUAUCGAAUGUUGUUAAAUAUGGCGAAGAGAACUUAAUAACAGUACUUUGUGAUAAUGCUUUGUUAAAAACCACUGUGCCUCAAGGAAAUAUAUUAGAAAAGGCAACAGACGAUGGCGUUACUUUGAUACAGUCGUACAGUUUUGACUUCUUCAACUACGCCGGUAUUCAUCGAUCUGUUGUUAUUUACACUACUCCAAAACUUUACAUAGAGGAUGUAACCGUGACAACUGAUUUAUCCGAGAGAAAAGGUAUAGUUCAAUAUGAGGUCAAAAUCAAUGGUGACAAAGGAAACUGGCUUACUUAUGUGAAAGUAAACUUGCGGAACAAGGAAGGAGAUGUGGUUUCCACGACUAAAUCGGGAUCCGAUCUACAAGGCGUCUUAAUCGUUGACAAUGUUAAACCUUGGUGGCCUUAUCUAAUGCACCCCGAAUAUGGAUAUUUAUAUACUCUUGAAAUAUCACUGUGCAAUGAAGAGCAGCAGGACAUUGAUAUCUACAGGCUUAAGGUCGGAAUAAGGACACUGGCGUGGGACAAAAGUAGGUUUCUAAUAAACGGUGAGCCUGUCUAUUUCAGAGGAUUCGGGCGACACGAGGAUGCUGAUAUUAGGGGAAAGGGUCUAGAUCUAGCACUAUUAACUAAGGACUUCAAUCUGAUCAAAUGGAUUGGAGCUAAUUCAUAUCGUACAUCCCAUUAUCCAUAUUCGGAGGAAUCAAUGCAGUUUGCUGACGAGCACGGAAUAAUGAUAAUUGACGAAUGUCCCAGUGUAGACACAGAGCAUUACGGACAAGCAUUAUUGGACAAACACGAAUCUUCAAUUGAACAAUUAAUUCAUCGUGACAAAAAUCACCCAAGUGUAGUGAUGUGGUCCAUUGCAAAUGAACCAAGAACAGCAUCUGGACAAGCGGAUGCAUAUUUUGAGAGAGUCGCGAAUUUCACAAAAACACUAGAUAACACACGCCCAAUUACUGCCGCUAUAGCUACCCCCGCCUGGGACGAUAAGGCUGCUAAGCAUUUGGAUAUAAUAAGCUUUAAUCGUUACAAUGGAUGGUAUAGUAACCCCGGCCAUUUAGAUAUGGUUACUCAACAUGUAGUGGAAGAAGCGGACUCGUGGCAUAAAAGACAUGACAAACCUGUUCUCAUGUCCGAGUAUGGCGCAGACACACUUGAAGGAUACCAUUCGUUGCCUGAAUUUGUUUGGAGUGAGGAAUAUCAAUCGAAGAUACUUUCACAGCAUUUCAAAGCUUUCGAUUUGUUACGGAAGCAUGAUUGGUUUAUUGGUGAAUUCGUAUGGAAUUUUGCUGAUUUUAAGACUGCACAAGGUGUCACACGGGCUGGUGGAAAUAAAAAGGGCAUAUUCACAAGGAAUCGGCACCCGAAAGCAGCGGCACAUUUAUUACGGCAGCGGUACUUCAGCAUAUGUAAGGAGGAGAGAAAAAUUUGCCAAAUUCCCAAUGAUGUAUUCCUUUAUGUAUCGGAACGGGAGCAGCAACUGCGUGAUCGAAGCGAGCUAUAACAUUGGGUCUAUGGUUGAAAAACUCAGCAAUUAUCGAGGUGACGACUAGUGGAACUGAAGUAAAACAAGGAAUGCUGCUGGGGCUUGGAACCAAAAUAUUACGAUGUCCACCAUGGUAGUACAUGAAAAUAAGUUUGAAGCUAUAUGGUGUGUGAUAGAC